CACUACUUUACGACAGUAGUGAGAAACCAGAAGUGUCAGCGGCUGCUGAGUUGUUUGGAAACAAGUGCUUUCCCCAUAAGCAAAGGAAAACUGAACAGAGCUGAGAUGUGGCAAGCGGCAGAGGCAAGCUAAUGGUGACCUGCAGCUGUGUGCAACAGAAGAUACGACAACAGCCACGAUGUGAGGCCCAAAAACACAUUUUCCACAGAUCUCGGCCACGGCGCUAGCUAACGUUAGCUAACUGAACUUAGCAAGCAAGCUAACCCAGUUUGUCAGCUUUCGUCCAGCACAGUUGGCAAAAGAAAAUGACUAGUAACUUGCGUUGUUUUGAUAGCGAGCGAGUGUCAAGGUGCCGUACGUGUUAAAUUUCCAACCUCAGUACAGUCUUCGGUCACUAAACUGGUGUUUAAAAACAAAAUGUGGCUCCAGCAGAGACUAAAGGGGCUGCCAGGCUUGUUGUCAAGUAGUUGGGCAAGAAGACUCCUCAUAGGACUGUUGCUUUUCCUCAUUUUCUACUGGUACCUGGGGGCAGAGCAUAAGCUAAGGUUUUUCAGCGGGUCAGUCAUGUCUGGAGGAGUGGCCGGGCAGUGUUUACAGACUGAAAUCCACAGGUGGAAGUCUCUGGUAGACAGAGGAGAGGGGAUCUGUAGGACGCCUCAGGAGAACGUAGACACACCCUUUGUUUCAGGGAAUGGCCAUAUUCUAGUUGACAUUGACUCAAACAAAUUGUGGGUAGCGUCAUCUUCCCAGCCCGGUGUGGCUCCCGUCCACCAGACUGAGUACUCCCCGAUAGUGGGUGUCCACCUUCCAGGGAAGCGGGCCGAGGCUCAGGCUUCCCUCUUGUGGUUCCGCAAAGGGUCUGUGCUCUCGGUCCGCUGUGUGUUACCAGCCACAUCGCAGUCAGCCCGGGAUUGUGUCACCGUCAGGGAGGAAUUCAUUGCCCACCGCAGCCGGCCUCAUGUCUACCUUCAGCGAAUCCACAUCAACAACCCGUCUGACAGGACUGCUUUGCUGGAAGCUUCCUCUGAAACCCCCUCGUUCGGGAGUAAGUUCUCCACCGGUGUGGAGAAAGUGGAGGACAGAGAGAUUGUGCUCUCCUCUGGCCGAGUGCUUGUGGAGAACAACCGCAUCGUGUUGGUGGUGGUGGCCACAAAGAAACUGAACAGUCGGAUCCAGGUCUUGGCCAAGUCGGAGUACACGGACAACGUUGUGUCAGUGGUGUGGACCUCGGAGCCCAUCGAUUCCUCUAAACUGGACGAGACCUUCACGGCUCUGCGAGAUGGAGCCAAGAAGGAGCUGGGGGAGCUGCUCAGGGCCAACGUGGACGACCUGGUUAUGGAUCACCAGCAGGCUUGGAUGGAUCUCUUCAUCUCUGGUGUGGAGAUGAGGAAGAUCACAGACUCUCACACCCCUUCCAGCCACACAGUGAACACCACCUUGUACUACGUCCUGUCCUCCACAACAGCCCCCCUGCUGGACCGGAGGCUGAGCAGUGAGGAGCGUGCCCGUCUGGAGUCCAGCCUCAACUACGCCGACCAUUGCUUCAGUGGCCAUGCCACCAUGCACGCAGAGAUCCUUUGGCCCGAGCGAGUCAGCAGCACCGCCCAGAUCCUCCAGCUGGUCACGCUGUGGACUCUGACUCUUCAGAAGAGAGGCUGCAGGGUGCUGGUGGCAGCCGGAGCUCACGGCGUCAUGCAGGGCAUGGUUCUCAGUUUUGGAGGCCUUCAGUUCACAGAGAACCAUCUGCAGUUCCAGGCCGAUCCGGACGUGCUGCACAACAGCUACGCACUGCGAGGAAUCCACUACAACCAGGACCUCAUCAACUUGGCGGUGCUGCUGGAUGUUGAUGGCAAGCCGUUCCUUCACGUGUCAGUGAAGCCGCAGGAGAAGCCGGUGCAGCUGUACGCCUGUGAGGCCGGCUGCCUCAAUGAGCCGGUGGAGCUGACGUCUGAGGUUAAAGGGCACACCUUCCCAGUGAUGGUGACACAACCCAUCACACCACUGCUUUACAUCUCCACCGACCUUCGCCACCUACAGGACCUUCGCCACACUCUGCACCUCAAGGCCAUCUUGGCCCACGAGGAGCACAUGGCAAAUAGGUACCCAGGCCUGCCCUUUCUCUUCUGGUUCAGCGUGGCCUCACUCAUUACCCUGUUCCACCUUUUCCUCUUCAAGCUUAUCUACAAUGAGUACUGCGGCCCUGGUGCCAAACCCCUCUUCAGGAGCAAGGUCGCCAACAAAAUUGAGGAAGGCUCAGGUUGAGGACACCAGGAAUCCCAUCUCAACAUUACAACAGUGUAUUUACACAUUUGCAGUUUGGUUUAUUUAAGCUAUGGGGGUUUAAACAUUAGUGUGUUGGUGCUGGACCCAGAUGACCUACUCACACUGAUACUACUGUCAUUUUUGACAGGGUGACCCUACUGUUUUAAGGAAUGUCAUCCAGAUACCUUUGCCUUUGCACUAUCCCCUGCUAAAGUCAACAUGGUUGAAGUAUGGUGGUCAAUGAAUGGGGUCGGCUGAUUGUUAAUUCAGUCGCUGGUAAAAAAAAAAAAACAAACAAAAAAAAAAACACGAAUGAGCUUGCUGAGAUUUAAUGGAUCGGCUUAAUGCCAAGAUGUUUUUUUUUUUUUAUGGAUUUUGGAAGUUUUGUUAUCACGUCCACAGUUUGAAUCAGUCUGGUUGCUGACUCCAUAAUAUCUCUAUUAAUCUCAGUUAAGACCGACUAGUGAACAUAAUUAGAGUGUGCACCAGUGAUGUUUUGUGACAGAAAGGCAGUCUUCCGUCCUGUUUUCCAUAAGGAAGUCAUCUGAUAGAUGAAUCAUUAACAAAGCAGACAUAUAUUUGUAUUUGAGCAGGGGCAUCUCACUCAAAAUAGGGGAACUGAGCAUAAUUUCCACUACAGAGGACAGUAUAGGCUACUGCACACUUUUUUGCUACACACGUUUUUCAUACUAAAAGCCAUCUGUGACAGGCCAAAAUGCUUUUGGGAAGCUGACUGUCAAGAUUCAUUUUGCAUGUAUUUCUGCUGCAUAUUAACCGCUCUCUCUGUCCACUAUUAACAGCAACAUACCAUUCAAAUCUAAUGCAAGCGAUGUUCAUGCAUGGCCAUCCAGUCUGUGCAAUCCUCUCAGACCACACCGAUGCAGAAGAAAUAGGAAUAGUUAUUGUUUGAUCUCAAGGUGAUUGUUGUCAUUGGCUCUUCCACUCCUCUCAGCUCUGACUUUUUAUUUAAAUUCUAUACAUUUUUACUUGUACAGAUCAAGUGGGUUUCUAUGCAGCAAUCUACGCAUUACGCUGCAAAUAAUGCUUUCUGUCAGUGGAGUUUGCUCAUUGUUGAUUUACCAGGUUAUAGAAGUGUUUCUCUUUUGCGGCUUUUGUUUGAAGUGUGAUUUACGUGUGCUGACUGCUUUCCACCUUUUUGUAUAGGGUUCAGUUUUUCAUGUUACGUUUUAAGGGCUUUAUAAAAUCAACUUCUUUGGUGUUUGUUAACUACUGAGUGUGCCUUAAUUAAGAAGUUAAUUUAUUCUGAUCAUUACUACCGUAUGAUUGGAUUGUACUUGAAUAGUUCAUGAUAAUAUGAACUUGAAGCAAAGAUUAUAUUUGAACAUGUCUCGACUUGGGGGAAAUAAAUCACUGAAUUAUGUAAAAAUGGUUAAGUAUGCUGCCUGACAGUUUAUUCAGUGCAUCUGUGGGUUUAAAGCAGAAAAAAACAAUCAUCACUGGAGCUGUAAUAUAAACAUCUUUGAUAUUAUUUUGAUUCUCUUUAUUUCAUAUGUUUUUGUGGAUAGGGACAGUGCAAUCAUUACCUGAAAACCUGUCCCAUAAUGAGUUUAUAGCUAAUGUCAUCCUUUACAUCUUUAAAUCCAGUCUGGUUCAUCAUCCAUUUUCAGUUUCUUGUAAUACACACGAUAGUGAGAGUGACUGCUGUGGUUGUGGAAAAAAAUUAAUAAGAACAUCAUUCUAAAAUAAAUUGAAGAUCCGG